AGUGUCUUAAUUUAUACCAAUCCCUUUCUACCACUUCCUUUUUUUGCAUAUUUCCUCCCUGUUCGCUGUUGACUCACAAGUAAGCACUAUAAAGAUAAUUAGUUUCCAUCACGGAAAAGCUACAGGUGGUCGUGGCAUCCUUUGCUCGCAUAUUUUGUUGACCGUUUAUUUCAUUUUCCUUUGGAGAACUCGUAAAUUUUUCAUUAUGGUUUUCCAUGUACGGUAUGUGUGAUACAUAGAAUAACUAUUUGUGCAGUCCAUUAAUUAUUAGUGUACCUUUCUUGUGAUCCUCGAUUCCCUUUUCUCUGUUUAUUGUUUCCUUGUGUCAUCGGAAUUCAGUCGUGAAAUGUAUAUGAGAAAUUUGUUAUUCUUCGUUGUUUUGGUAAUGGUAAGGUAAUCCUAAUCUAUCUGAAUAAAUUCAUCGAAAUGAGAUUGGGUUGUACCUUUGGCAAAGUGACUGAAUUGUUUGACUAUCUACUUAGUUGUAGGUGCUGCGCAGAGAUGCAACUGGUGGUGCAAAGAAUGUGAUCGUUCUGAUGUGUUAGACUGUAAGAAUUUGCAAUGAUUCCGAUUCGUGUCUCCUGAUCUUGCGCUGAAGUUGUCACUUAAGUAGGUAGAAUUUGUUCUUCUGUAUCUGUUCCUCUGGUCCUGAAGGCUGGUCUGAUUCUUGUGGUGCAAAAAGUGGACCAGUACAUUUCUAAACGCGUAUUUGUCAGAGAAAGAAGUUUGCCAUUGUCGAUUCUUGGCGGACAGUGCGGAAAAGAAAUACGUAAAUACGGGUCACCAGCACUCAACGUUGUGUCCCAGCCGAGUGGACUAGAACUAUUAAUGCUAGAAGUGAGUUCUUGGUCAGUUUCCCUGGUGUCAUGGGUUACCUGCAGCAAAUUACUAAUCUAAUUUGAGUAGACAUCACAGUGAGGAAUUUUUUAGGAAGACGCGGGUACAUAAACAUGUGAUGUGAAAACGAAGCUCCGUGUCUUGCCCGCAGUUGCUCGAGUCGAGGACUCAAUUCGUUAGAGUAAGGCACGUUGUGGUCUUCGGUAUAAAACGACUGCUCUCCACGGACGCGUCAUUUGUUCUGGAGUACAGGAGGGAAAGCCAAGGCUGAAGAACUCCGAAAAUGCACCUCUUCUUCAGCUCCCAUUCAUUUGCGGCUUGUGCGCUGCUCCUAGUACUGCAAUGUUGCAGUUUGUGGUUGACGGUGCACGCCGCAUUGUCGGUUCCUAAUGGCUAUGAAUCGCUUAUCCGCGACAUUCGAGAACGCGUGGUUGUCUCGGAGCGAGACGUGAAGGCGCGGAAGGAGACUGGGCCGCAAUCUUGCACUUCUGCCGAGGGACCGUAUUGCCUCAGAAGCUCGGACUCUCCAAACUUCCUAGGAGAUACGGUACAACCACUAGUACUUCUCCUGUUACAAGCAAUAAAUUUAAAUUUUCUUACGACUCAAAUAGUAGAAUGAGUACCUUGAAUAAACAAACAGAAUGUAGUGCUUACUAGAGGACAUCAAUUCUCUUUAUCAGGUCUUGUCGCGUCGGCUGUUUGGUGCGGAGGCUGCGGAGGAUGCGCUGAAGACACUGAACCAGUAUCUGCAGUGGCAUUCCUCUGGGUUGUUUCGCAGGUUCCGCGAGAGGCAUGCUUCUUCAUCCAUACUUCGAGACGGGACAGCGGAAAGCGAAUUGCCAACGACGGAUGCCGCGGAACGAAGUAGUGCAAUAGUCAGAGAGUCCAGCAAAGAUGCGAGUUCAACAUCCAAGUCUAGUACGGGGAGCGGUGCGAAAUUUUAUGAAUUCGUACACAGACAGAUUGUUUACUAUUUAGAAAAUUCGUUUCUUGAUAGUCCAACGCCGAAGAGAUUGUUUUGUUGUCUCUAUUCCUAGUCACCUGUAGCGGAUCACGUUUUAUUCUAUCUGUCUACACAUCAUCCUUUCGGGUGGGACAGUUUCGUGAUUUCAGUGAUGUUCUAUCAGCACUUAGACAUCAUAAAUCAAAGGUAGAGUCAAUCUCGUAAGUUGUCUACAUUCGGAAGUUGUACUUAUCUCAUUUUACAUAUUCUCUAAUACGUGGGCAGAAUUAUCGCGAAUAAUGUUGCUCUUGAAGCGGGCGGCGGUGCUGAUGAGAUAGCUGAUGCUUUAGGGAAGGCGUUGGAGUCGCUGCUUUCAGGUACGGAUUUAGGGGAGGAUGUAGAAAUACAAUUUGCCGGGGGCGGUGAACUUUCCAGUCUCUUUGGAAAACAUAAGGACAAGGAUAAGGGAAGCAAGGAUGAGAAAUCCUCAUCAAUCGGUAGUUCGAAAUCGAACACUACCGCGAAAAACAAUACUGCGUCGGAGAGGGAGAGUGGGGCAGUCGAAAAGAGCAAAUAUGUAGAGCGGAAGGCCAGCAACUCUGAAACCGGGAGUGGAGGACAAAAGACGGGCAGUAGUGGAGGACAAACGACGGGCAGUAGUGGAGGACAAACGACGGGCAGUAGCGGAGGACAAACGGCCCGGGAGGGGUCGCAGAGCGCGGCUAGUACCACAUCAGGGCAAUCAACAGGAAGUAGUGGCCAAACACCAUCUGGUGGAGGAGGGCAGCAGCAGGCUGCUGGCGGGAGCAGUGGAGGAGGUGCAAGCGCGUCGAGAAAGGUUGUGGACGAGGAUGCGGAGUUGGAUGCGCUCGACGAGGACUCUCCAACUACGGAAGCACCCUCGUCGACAACAUCAACGACCACAACGGCGUCGACGACAAAGACCACAACGACUUCUACCACCACCACCACAAAAGUGAAUGAAGAGGAGCAACAGCGGGACCGCUUCAAAGAGAUCAAACGAAUGGAAGGUCGCGGAGAGCACUUCCGGUUGUACGAGAGUCCUUACUACACGGAAAACGAAAAGACGUGGCGUGGUAAUCAAGUGAAAAAGUACGGCUCCUUCAUCCACGCACGAAAUGCGGAUUUGCAGGAAGGUGCUGCCUCGAAAUACUCUGGGACCGGGGUGCGUGUGACACACAAUGACGACACUGGGCCUAAUCCGGCUCUUGCUUUUUUGCCUGAAGACUUCGUCGUGACCUUGUCUGAGAGGCUUAAGCAGGGUGGCUUACAACGUACUAGUUCUACAUCAAAGACAAGCGGAAGUUUAAGCGAGAUUCACACCGGAGCGGAGAAGUACUCUAGUGUCUUUACGCAAUUCGCGGCACGCCACUUUCCUGGUAAUUUUAUGGGCGCAGAGAUUUCUGACAAAGAUAUGUAUAUGAAGCGCUUGCAGUUGGGCACAAAUUCACUCUACGACCGUCAGCAGUAUACUGAACAAACUAUGCCCAUAUUUACCGACAUUUUUCCAAAGGAAGGCGGUCGACUGCGUACACUAGUUCAAACAGGAGAGCUCUGUGCACGUUCGGCGGAACAUGUAUCAACAUUGUGACUUUUCUUGCUUACUUAGUUUUUUUGAAGUUAGCUCAAAUCGAUCAGCGCUUUUGGUUUUUGAUGUCUCUAAACGACUGUCAUACUGGCAUAUCAUUUCUACUCCACGCGGAACAAGCUGAGGUAGAACAAAAAACUGCACUUAUAUCUUUUGCCGAAAGAUGAAGUCGCCUCAGUUUCAGUUUCAGUCUCAGUCUCUUGCUUCUCAAAUUCUCAACUAAAGUCCAUUCAAUCAAACUUACUUAUUAGAUACAUGCAGAAAUCGUUGCCCGACGAAAAGAAGCGCCAGAACAUAUUUUGUAUUCUCGUUGGGUAUGGCCGCAACAUCGGCCGGUCGGCGAGAUCCUCGAAGAGGCGGGCUUGAAGCACGCUAAAACUGAACGCUCAGGCCACAAAAAGAUUGACCAGGACGAUCGUGAACAGAUUUUCAUCAUCGAGUCACGAUUCAGUCGACUGGACGACUUCCCGCCUGCGGUGGAAGGAACGCCUUUCUGUUACGAAGAUUGUGCAGCGAAACACCUUGUCGGACUUGCAGAAGGGGAGAGUGUUUCCGAGAACGCGGAUCUGCCGCGCGUCGAAGCGGUUGUCGAGCAUGUUGCAGCAGAAACGGUUGCUGCGUCUCCACCGAGCGAAGCGGCGGCCGAUAGUGAGAAAACUGUGGACCAGGAUUUGACCGCUGCUUCUUCCCCGACAAGAGCUAGUAGAGAGAGCCAUCUGCGACCCUUUACUCCGGAUAAGCACCUGCUUUCCGCGCAACGACGUUUUUUUGGGGCGCAAAAGCACUACAUUGUGUAUCCGAGACGGCGACGUGUGGCCCGUACGAGACACCGCGUGUAUUUCCCUGGAGCCAGCGGUGUCUGGGGCGACUACGGCUUGUCAAGACUUGCGUACAGUAAUGAAGAGGUGAAUUAUGUCGCACUCGCGUCCGACAGCUACGCGCAAUGGGCCCGCAAGCUGCACGAGAUUCUGUGGGACAACUCAGUCCUGGAGCUGCAGCACCGGGGCUACAUUCACGGUCUGAAAUUUACCGAAAGAAUGUCACGUUUCAUUACUGAUGGCACAUUUGCGCUGUGGCCGAUGGCGAACGGCGCGUCCUACGAGCACGUGAACCCCAUGAAAGAGCUGCGGCGUGGGCAGGCUGCUGCGCGCGCUAAGACUGCCUUAAAAACACGAGAGGAGGCUUACGAAGCGUUUCGCAAAGAGGUGGUCGCGGUGGCCACAGAGAAGGCGUUAACUCUCCUUCCGAAUGCUACCGAUUGUAAGCACGAUGAUAGCACCGCAGCCACUUCGAAAAACAACACAAUCGUUGAUGCAGCGAUCUUCGACCAGAAUGCAAGUACAACUACUGCUAGGGAAAAUGGAGAGGCGGACACUACAUCUACGGGUGCAAUAGAAGAAACAUCAAGUACAACGUUGGAUAAAAAGUCGUGCCCUGUAACAACUAAGUCGUUGCCUAACAUCCCGACUAUGCCAACAUUGUCUGCCCAGGACCGGGAAAGUGUGGUGGAAUUGAACGUGGUUGACAAAAGUCGCGAUUGGUGGAACGAAAAGCGAAAGGACAUUUCGGAUCUGCUGUUGCGAGUCGUCAGCUCCGAGUACAACGAUGCGCGAGAGAAAGCGCGUCAUGUGACUCGACUGCGUCAAUUUUUUAUGGAUUUGGACAAUCAAGAGCGUCGCUUUGCGAGUUUCGCUUUGGGUAUGACCCAGAAAAAGGAUCAAUGGUUUGACGAGGAAAUUGCAUCUAUCGCUAGUGCAGGCUCAAAGGGCUUGUCCGCCAAUGAAGGCGCAACAAUAUCCCAGAAGGAGGAUAGUCGUGCUACCAGUGGGGAAAGUACAAUGGCGACAGCCGAAGGCGGAGCGAUUUCCUCUAGUGCAGUCGCAAUGGGCAGUGGUACUGCUGCGGCUGAAGCGACUGCAGCCGAAGGUAGUUCCGAGGCAACAUCCUUAGCGUCAUCCACCACGUCGCUGAACGCUGCUGGUGGUGCAUCUUUGUCAAGCAAAAUGCUUCCUAGCGUUGAAGCCCCCGAGCGCAUUUUUCGACUGCCAAAUCCGGGACAAAGAGCGAAGCAGGAGGCGGCGGAUGAGGAAGCAGAGAAUAGCGCGGCAGAGCUGGAUCGCCUGGAUGAUGACGAGGAUGCUGAGGACGCUGCAGCGAGAAAGCAGCGACGAGCAAAGGAGGCGGAGCAGAGAGCGCAGGAAAAGAUGGCCCGUUUUCGCUUGACGGAGGCAGCCUCAGAAGCUGUUUACCGUGAGCGCAUUCACACUAUUCCAACACUGAACUCAUUGAUGCAGAGGAACGAUACUAUCCUGUACACAGACGAGGUGGUCCGGCGCACUGGGGUUGACCCGGGAAUCUUUUCGGCGGAUGACACAUCCACGGAGAUCACCGCGGUCACCAAGGACUGGUUUUUCCGCGAGCAGCAAAAAAACCGACAGGCCCUGGUCGUCGAUGGGAAGCAAGUCUUUCGCCGGCAUCGCGCAGUGAAGGUGCAGGCAGCACGUGAGGUUGCCGUGAAAGAAGACAUCGAGAUGGGAGUCGUGUCGUCUGCUCUCACGCGUUUGACACAAGCUGCUUGGAGCACCGCUGACGUCGAAGCACAAGAGAAGAAGCUCCAGUCAGAACAGGCACAUCUCCAGAGGAAACACCACCAGCAGUUCAAUCACGUUCCUCUAGAAGCGAAGCAGAAGAAACGACUUCGCGUCAAGUUUCAUCCGCAAGGCCUCUGGGAUCUGGGACAUCAAGGAUAUGUGCCUCGUGUCGCACAGCCGUCGUUGCAUUUUCGCCAGUACUCAGUUGUGCGUGAGCUGGUUGUUUUCUUCAGGGUUGACACGCCAAGCGUACUUGAGAUCUCGGCGACAAAGCAGGGCGUCGAGAUGUGGCGAAAAACGCUGCAUCAGCGUCGAUCUGGGGAGGUACGUCAAUGCGCUACUGAUUCUACAAGUCCCUCAUCUAAGGUCUGCCUUAUUAGAUUCAAAUGUAAUGAUAGAUAUGUUCCUUUUAUUUAGCAUGCACUUGUAUUAUUUGAAAUUGGAACUUCCAUGUCCGUCUCCUUGGAUCUGCAGGUCGACUCCGUUGCCUGCCCGAUCGGGACGAAUGUCUUUUACCGAGAUAAUGAAGAUGGUACCGUAGCUCGUGGUCGUGUCUUGAGGCACUUUCCACGACUUUCACUUCUGCACAUUGAGCCCGAAGCCUCUACCGUUCGUACUGCCUACGAUCAUUUUUCCCUGGCGAGUGAGGGAGAGAAGACGCAGCGCCACUCUCGCAGAAGCGAAGCAGAGCAAUGGGGGAAUUCCGAACGUGGUAUGCAACCACGCAAAGUGAUCCCGGUGUACGUAAAACAAGAACGAGUGAGAAACGAGCGAGGAGUGCGGUGUAAUCGCAAUCAGGUCCUGCAUAGUCAUCAUGCACAGGAGAACGCUGCUGCGAAAAAAGCCGCUGCGCGUCGUCGAGCUCGCGACCCAUCAAGAACUAGCACUAGCUCAGACAAGAAGAAGAUGUCAGAGGCUGCGCGACGUGCGCUUGUGCGGCGCCGCAUGCGGCGGAAGCGGCACACAGGUUUUCGGUUUGUGCGUAUCGACGAGGGCGCGAUGGAAACCGUGGAUGCUCUUCACUUUCACUGGCGUCGAGCACCAGAAAAUUCCAAAGUGCACUCGACACCCAGUUCGCAACAAAUCAUGGAGGAACCGUCCUCUUCAUCUUCUGGCUCUCAAGAUUCAACAACUUCGAGAGCGGGUCCGGCAUGGGGCGUGCACAGUUUCACACUUGGAUACGUGCAGGACGCGCGCGAGUUGUGGGACGCGGCGGCGUACAAGGAAUUGUGGUAUAACGAGAUGAUGCGUCGUGCCGAGGGUGCGAUCUGGGGCGAGAAGUUUUUCAUGGUGAACGCUGGAAUAUUGAAGUCCUUCAGCGGAUCAGAGAGGAAUACUUUUCGCACCGCUCUGCGUGAGCCUUCGUUUGAGGACGAGAGCAAGUACACCAAUAUGUGGCCGGACUUCGGACAGUCACUCGGCGACGCUGUGACUGAUGAAUUAGAGGGCGUGCGAUGGGGUAUCUGGUUCGCGUACGGUGCGUUCUUGAGGGCGAAUCGCCACUAUUGCGAGCGUGUCUCGUCUGCGUGGCUCCACAUGCGCUGCGGCGGCAACAGCGGCUCUCUGGCAUUCAGCGCGUACAACGCCGACGACUUUCUAGGGCGCACGCAGCUAUGGAUCCCACCCAAGUGGCUACAGGAGCAAGAAGAGAAGAAAAGUGCGGGAAGUAUGCUAGAGCAUAUUUUUGGUCCAUCUGACGACAAACCAAAAAAGCGCGAGGAGCGUGUGUACGCAUAUCAAGACCGUGAGCUCGCCGAGAAGCUCUAUGCUGACCUCAUGCCGGCGGGCUUUCGUCAGAAGGAGCGGCAAUUGGGCAGGAAAGGUGAGGCAGCAGCUGAGCGCUCUCUUGUAGUGCAGCCGGAUAAGGCCGUAGGCUUAGGUGGCAAAUUUGGUUACAUGAUUCCCGGUGGGUUUUACUAUCACUUUCCCCUCAGCUCUACCGCAGCAGCGGUGAGGCUGAAGCAUGGAAAGCAGAGCGAUACGGGUAGCGUUCUGCCAGCGUUGGAGGAGUUAGACAUGGCUCCCAGGCGGCUUCCCUACAAUUCGCCCUUUGCCCUCCAGGGUGAGCCGUUUCUAUCCAUAGAUUAAGUUUUGCGCCAAUUCAUCUUGAAAAGCAGCCGCUUGCUCCUUUGACUCGUUUUUUUCUGAACAGAAAACAAGUCAAAUGUGACUCUAAAGAUGAGUUCAGGGAUGCUCUAAAUCGAGGUAGAAGACAUCCCAAAGUUCCCACUUCACGAAAGUGCCCGCUCCCAUCUUUUUUUGACGUACCCCAAGACGCUUGAUUUCUUGGUUUCCCGAACUAUGGAGCCGCGGCCUCUGGACUUGGAUCCCCGGUCCAGUGUCGUGCAGGUGGUUCGUGCCGGGAACACCCACGUGAAUGACCUGUCGGGCGUCGCACUAGCGUACAACUCCAACGAACUGCUGGCCGACUCGAGCAUGGAAUUGCGGAAGAUUACCGACCGCGAGCGUGAGCAGUUGUCAAGGUUUAGGAAGAGCAGCCAAAAAUCGAAGAGCAGCAGUUCCAAAAAAUCCAUGGACGACGACGAUGAAGAGCAAAAGCAAGAAGCGGCGCGCGCUGCGGCAUCGGCGCGAAAGAUGCAGCAUUUGCGAAAUUACAUGGUAGGCGCAGUGGACUCCCCAAGGCUGCGCGGUAAAAUGGCUUACAGCAUGUACGCAGCGCGCUUUCAGAAUGAGCCCACGGUUUGGGAAAAGGAGGAAGCGGCAAAAGCUAGAGUUGGCACUACAUCAACAUCUUGUGCAGCAACUGGAGAAGAGCCGACUCCCAGUCGAAACAGUGAUAUGGGUCCGCUCCCCGAUGGUGAACAAGUCGGAGACAGGAAUUUGGCAAUCGAGAGCGAAGUUAGAUUUCAGAACUUGGAGGCGCUUGUGCGGGAUGAGCUGGAUAAAAACACUGACCGUACUGCCGCAAAAGGGUGGGAGAUCGUGCCGUCAGCAGAGAUUACCUCAGAGCGCCUUCAACAGAUUUUAGAGGACCUUAUCCAGCAUCCGGCAUACUUUGAGAGCGGGUUUGCUCUCGGGGCGAACAACAACUACGAACCAUUAGCUGAAGAUGCUACUUCUAGUACUUCCUCUACCUCUUCAGCCCAUAGUAGGAAAUUCGGCCUUCGGGAGGGGUCAUCUGCUGAGAGCGACUCAGAAAGUCAGCAACGAGGUUCGCCCGAGAAGAGUUUAUCAGAGGGCGAAGAAUUUAGUGUACUAGCGCAUCAGCGGAGGAGAACUGCAGGUGCUGGCAAAGCGCAUGCUGAUGCAGUCGCCACAGUCACCAACAGCGCGCAGAGCUGGGCUGUAGGAAGAACAAAAUCUAAUAUGAAUGCAGUAGCGCGUUUUCUGGAGCAAGCGGGCUAUUUGCUCGGCUUUUUGGGUGAGUUAUUCUUGAGGAAAGGCAAGGGCCUUGUGGAUGACUAUGAGAAUUUUGAGGCCAUGUUUCGCACUAUGGUGGAGCGCCGUUCUGUCGCUUUUUCUUCGGUCAUGGAUGCUUUCCGAGAUUACAAGAACUUCGGUACGUUCUCGAAAGAGUACCUCGACACGGCGCAGAAAGUGUGGAAGAACGAGCGCCGGCAAGUCCAAUACAGAUUUGCAAGGACAAGACAGGGCAGUGGCGGACAGCAUCAAGGCAAUUCUGUUCUGGGAAAGGCAUUUCAGGAAACGGCAGCCACCACAGCAAAUGCGGGCCUCAAUAAUAUUUCAGCGGAGAGGACAAGGACAUCGCCAGAUCAGGCAGAUACAACAAGAUUAGAAUCUUCUGUUAGACUACUUUCAGACCAUGGCGAGCAGAUAGUGGACUCAGAGUCAGCAGACGCAUCGAGGACGAGGGAAGAGGACGUCCCUGCGAUAAAAAUUUUCGGCGACAAUGAAGCCGAGGCCUUGGGUGCUAUGACUUCUACCGAGCUACAGCGAGCUUGCAGUGCUCAGGUAAGGCACGACGACGGUUCUCUAGGAGGACUGUCAGCGGACGUGAUGAACAAUACCGUUCUCGUAACUGCGUGUGCCGCACGUGGAAUCGAUGUGCUCCGGAACUCUAGCGCAGAUAGCAGCGAGCGAGGCAGUGUCAAUAGUGUAGGUGCCAACCUACGCCUGGAGGAGCGUCCGACGGUACAGUCGCUUGAUCGGCCUGCGGUGAGCCUCGAGAAUUCCUUUCUAGACAUUGGAGCAGCGGGGAGACACGUGCCAUCUACAGACGACAUUAGAAGAAGUGUUCAUCCUCAUGAUGAUAGGAAAGUAUCAGGCGAGGGUUCCGCGUCGGAGUGCUCUACCUCUUUUUCGCCGACCGAUUUUGUCGAGCGUGCGAAGUGUGCAGCCAGUAUUCGUGAGGCUGCGCCUCCUGGUACUGCUACAAAGACUUUCGAUGCAGCAAGGGCUGAAGACCCCGCAUCAUCGGUGCCGACGCCACUGUCUUCCUCUGGUGCGCCGACAUCAGCAUCAGCACAAACCACAAGCUGUGAAGCCUCCACAUGUGACGUCGACGGUAACUCUUGCGAAAGGCAAGUAGGUCCAGAAGAAUCAGCGGCUUUAGAAGUGGUGGAUCAAAAGUACAGAGAUGCGACGCGCUGGAUCCUAGAUGCGUUCCGAAGUGAGGGCCGGGAUGAGACGAACCCCUUGCUCUGGCUGGAAGAAGGGGUCAUACUAGAAGGCACAUACCUCUGCGUCCAGGGCUUCACAGAUACAAAAGUCCGGUUCGAAAGUAUCCUGCCUGUCCCGCCGGCCAAUCCAAACCUACCAGUCCGAGAGUUGAAGGUACUUAGAAGUAACAUAUUUGAAGAACUACAAGAUGAGGGUCCUCUCUGCAUUCAUUUCUACUCAGCUUGUUUCUCAUUUUCACUCUUUUUGACUUGAUGUUCACGCUACUCUCAUGAAUGUCGAAAAAAUUGUAUUCAGGCUGUUGUGCAGAUAGAAUUCGUAGCUCGGAACGGCGGAACGCAUGGCCGAUAUUGGAUGAUUGGUCGUGUGCAUCUUGACACCGGUCUGGUGCACUUCGAUCCGUAUGAGUGGAUUACAAAGCCAGCGGGCUACUCAAUGGUUGGCAUGGUAGGUGUGCUGAGUCGAAAGCGCCUGCUUGGAAGAACCUAUGCGAAUAGGAUAAAUGGCGUUAUCACUGCUGCCUAUUGCGAUAGCGUGCACCUUGCGAGCGAAGACACGCCAUUGGAGCUCGUAUCUCAGUGGACGAAGCACGAGCCGGACCCUCGUGAACGCAACGGACUGAACGAUGUGCAGCGCGUCGCAAGAGCCAUGGUACAAUUAUGCAUGUGCUAAGUUUUUUGCUGGAUAAGGAUAGCGAUGGAUUUAGAUUAUAUAUGAUUUGGGGCUGCACGGUCCCCCCCUGUGGAUGGCCCUGUGGUGGGGCUCGCGCGCUCUUUUCCGCGCUGAUUUUUGCGGAUUCUAGUGGUGGAAGGCGUCAAAACUGGGCGCGGAUUCUACUGAUUGGAACAUAUAUGUAUAGCACUUGGGAGCCAUACUGAGGAUCAGAGAUCAUGGCCACAACUUUCUCAGUGGUAGCGUUUGGAGAUUGAUUCAGAGUUGUUUAUGACAAACCUCCAAUGUAAGGGUAGAAUCUUCAAAACAAAUCUGCAGCUCUUGGAGUUGACCCGACUACGCCAUCGAUGGGGGGAUCUGCUGCGUGCAAGGUAUGAAGAGCGUCAGGCGGAGAGAAAGCGCCGGCUGAGUUCGAAGACACGGGCAUUUACGGUAUCCGGUAAAGAUCUCAUGAGUCUGGGUGCUAUGAUGGGAAAGCUACUCAUGUCCGAAGACUUCAACUAAAGAGUUUCUCUUUGUCGAUGGUCACGAAAACAACACAGUGGAUGAUCAUCUGCUGAUGAAGGGACGUAAUUACAUUGUACGAUGGAUUUUGCAGGAACGUCAUUAUCGAGCGCGUAGAGGACGAAACUUAUCAAAUAAUUUUCAUCGUCCUGCUUCUGACUGUGCAUCGAUUGUUAAGACAGAGUCCGGCACAGCUGGAACUGGAAAAUGAUCUACGUUUACAAUGAGUGCACAUUGAUAAAUCUCUUCGUGCCUUAUGUGGUGCUCAGUGGUUGGAAUGGUUUCGUUGUGAUCGCUAUGUCAUCAUUUUCUUUGCAACAUUCGUGUUUGAUUCAGGUUUAAGAAUUUCAAGAAAGUUUACCAUCGUGAGUAGAUCAACAUAGCUUAGACGGUAUACGUCGGGUGCCGCAUAGAAGGACAAGAUACGACAAGUGAACAAUGAAGUAAAUCAUAACGAAGCAGUAACGAAACCACAACCAGCAACCCUGGUAGCGUCAGCACUGAUCGUGAUAGUCAUGGAAAGUUCGGCAUGAAUAUGCCGGUGCUGAAGUGAUCUAGCGAGUAUCAAUUUUUCCUCCACCUUCCCAAAUAUUCGCUUGAAGUACUUAUAUCCACCUGGGUAAUCUCUUCUCCUAGAGGAUUCAAAGUUUAAUGAUUCCCCACGAUUUCCCAUUUUUUCCAAAUUAUACAACGAACCCAGGCCUGCAGUCACUUCUCCCCACACCAACUCAACAAUCUUAAUUUUCGUUCGUUUCUGAUAGCCCAUUGAGUAGAUUUUUUGUCAAGAGUGACUGAACCUAAUG